UCUUCCCUUCCCACCUCUCUCUCUCUCUCUCUCUCCCGCUCUCUCUGUUAGUUUUUCGUCUUUCACGGCCAUAAAAGUCUUCAAGCCAUUGAUUAAUCUAAAACCUGAACCAUGUUUACUAAAAUUAGAUUAGCAAUUUAAGGUCGAUUCCUCCUUCCUUUCUCCUUGGUUCUUCCUUUCUGGUAAGAAUCCUGUCUCUGCAUUUGAGCUUGUAUCUAUUUUUUUUUCUUUUAAUUUGUAGUUAGUUAAGUACAAAUUCGCCUCCUCAUCUCUCAAACUUUAAUUUUCAUUCAUCUGUGUGAUUGUUCCUAAGGUUCGGUUCGGGGCGUGAUUUGUUGGGGCUUGAAGGAGAUUCGUUCUUUAGGUUUGUGUUGGAGAGGAGAGCAUGAACAUCUAGGCUUGGGAUUUUUUUUGGGUUUCAGUCUGAGCUGAUCUAAAAACACAUGCAUUAUCUGUGGAAAUAAACAAAUUCUUUUUAAUUGAAAUUCUGCAUCAACAGCCAAAAACAUGUCUUCUGCCAGUCUUGCUCUUAGUCCUGUUGAUAAUAAACCCUUGUUUUCGCUUGAUCGUAUAAAUUCUUUGUCAAAUCUAUGCGUGGAUGAAUCAAUUGUAAUAUAUCUUGCUUUGUCUGGGUCGAUGGUUCCAAUGCGUAUAUUGGAGUCUGAUUCAAUUGAAUCUGUGAAACUCCGGAUUCAAUCAUGUCAAGGGUUUGUUGUGAAGAAUCAGAAGUUGGUAUGCGGAGGCCGUGAGUUGUCUCGGAGCGAUUCUCUUGUCAGCGAUUACGGUGUGACUGAUGGAAAUGUUCUUCAUUUGGUUCUUAGGGUUUCUGACCUUCAGGUCAUUAAUGUCAAGACCGCCUGCGGGAAAGAAUUUACUUUUCAUGUUGAAAGAGGUAGGGACGUUGGGUAUGUGAAACAGCAGAUUGCGAAGAGAAGAAAAGAAUUUGUUGAUCUUGAUGAGCAGGAAGUUGUUUAUGAUGGGGAGAGUUUGGAGGAACAGAGGCUUAUUGAUGACAUUUGUAAACACAAUGAUGCAGUGUUGCAUUUGUUUGUCCGAAAAUCGGCAAAAGUUCGUCCUAGGCCUGUUGAGAAGAAUUUUGAAUUAUCUAUUGUGGCCACACAGUCAAAUGAAAGGAAGAGUUAUGAUGUUCAUGCAGAGAGCAAACAGAGACAUUACGAUGCCAGUGAGAAGAAUGAAAGAAGUUAUGAAGUUGACCAAGGGAUUUUACCAAGGAAGCCUCCUGACAGGGAUUUCUCUUUGGAGCCAAUCACUAUUAAUCGCAAGGUUAAGUUACCUUCAGUGGUUUUAGAUAUGAUAAACACCAGUUUUGAUGGAUUAGAUAGUGGAAAUUAUCCUGUCAGGUCCAGAGAGGGUACAGGAGGAGCUUAUUUCAUGCAGGAUUCAUUAGGCGAGAAAUUUGUUGCUGUUUUUAAGCCGAUUGAUGAGGAACCUUUGGCUGUUAACAACCCUCAGGGCCUACCAUUGUCACCAAGUGGUGAAGGGUUAAAGAAGGGAACAAGAGUUGGAGAAGGAGCAUUGAGGGAAGUUGCUGCUUACAUUUUGGAUCAUCCAAAAAGUGGGUGCCGCAGCUUAUUUGGUGAUGAAAAAGGUUUUGCUGGAGUACCUCCUACAGUUAUGGUUAAGUGCUUUCAUCGUGGAUUUAACCAUCCUGGGCAGAUAAUGUUCAAGAUUGGAUCAUUGCAGAUGUUUAUGGAGAAUAACGGUAGCUGCGAGGAUAUGGGUCCUUCCUCAUUUCCACUUCAGGAGGUGCAUAAAAUCUCUGUAUUAGAUAUAAGAUUGGCGAAUGCAGAUAGGCAUGCUGGGAAUAUUUUAUUGAGCAAGGAUAAAGAUGGCCAAACUGUACUUAUUCCAAUUGAUCAUGGAUACUGCUUGCCUGAGAGUUUUGAAGAUUGCACAUUUGAUUGGCUCUACUGGCCUCAGGCUCGCAAGCCUUACUCCCCGGAGAUCAUUGACUACAUAAAAUCACUUGAUGCUGAAGAAGACAUCAUUCUUCUAAAAUUCCAUGGAUGGAACAUGUCAGUUGAAUCUGCCUGCACACUUCGCAUCUCCACCAUGCUUCUGAAGAAAGGAGUUGAAUGUGGGCUAACUCCCUUCGAGAUUGGAAGCAUAAUGUGCAGAGAAACAUUAACAAAGGAAUCUGUCCUGGAGGAGAUUGUCCAAGAAGCUCAGGGGUGUGUUCUCCCUGGCACAAGUGAAGCUGCAUUCCUUGAGGCUGUGUCUCACAUCAUGGAUGGUCGUCUGGAUAAGAUUGCUGGUCAGGUGAAGGGGCAUAACUAUUAGAGGAGUGUUGGUACUAUUUGUGUUUUUGUACAUAUGUUCUCGUGCAUAUGUAUAGCAGCUGAUGCGGUCUUCAAUUGUCUAUAAACCUGUUGGAGAAGUAAAGGAUCCUUUUUAGAUAUCUUGAUUUCUAUGACGUUUAAAUACUUAUGGAGAGUUUGAUCUCUUUACAGAACC